AUUUUGCUGGGUGGCAACCUUUGAAUAUAUAUUACUUAGAUAAAUUGUAUGUUGACAAAAUUCUGCAAAGACGACGACGAAGACGCUCAGGUUUGUACGCGCCGGCAUACAGCGACAACAACAACGGCCACAACAACAACCACAACAGCAACGACAACAACAACAACAUGCAUCAACAACACAUGGACCUGCAUGCUCCAGUGGACCUAAAUAAGUCCCUGGACGAGAUGACGCCGGAGGAGCGUAUGCGUGCUGAGCACCAGUUGAUGGUUGAGAAACACAAGGGUCAUGAUGCCAUGCACUCGGAAAUGGUUAUCAUACUCUUUAUGACACUUGUUAUUGCCCAAAUCAUUCUGGUCGAGUGGAAGAAACGACACUACAGAUCCUAUGCAUUUGUCACACUGCUGGCCAUGUGGCUAAUACCAUUGAUCAUCUCCAUCAGCUUCCUCUGGAUACGCUUCAUCGUCAUCUGGCUGAUAUUUACGGCCAUUACGGCGCUUGUCAUGCGACGUGCUGUUACCAAACCCAUUCAAGGCACAACGCCCAGGCUGGUCUACAAAUGGUUCUACUUCAUCUAUAAGCUGAGCUAUGGCCUGGGCAUUGUUGGCUAUCUGGUUAUUAUGGCCGCAUUUCUCGGCAUGAACUAUUUAUUCUCACAGCCACCAAAUACCUGGAUGGAUGUGGGACUUAUGUUUUGUUUUUAUGGCCUAUAUAUUGGUGUACUUGGACGUGACAUAUCUGAGAUUUGUUCCGAUAAAAUGGCAGCUGCCAUUGGCUAUUAUACACCACAGGGCAUGCCUACAAGACAUUUGGAUCAGAAUGUGUGUGCCGUGUGUGGCAAUCAAUUGUUGGUCUCUGAGAAGGAAGAGGGUGUUAUUGAGAACACAUAUAAGCUGUCAUGUAAUCAUGUAUUCCAUGAGUUUUGCAUACGAGGCUGGUGUAUUGUGGGCAAAAAACAAACGUGUCCCUACUGCAAGGAGAAGGUUGAUCUACAGAAAAUGUUUCGCAAUCCUUGGGAAAAACCGCAUGUGCUUUAUGGACGUUUGCUGGACUGGAUUCGUUGGCUUGUUGCCUGGCAGCCGUUAAUAUUUUUCAUUGUUAAGGGCAUACACUGGAUGCUGGGAUUGGAAUAGACGGAAGAACACCUCAAACAAACAAACAAACCAACAAACAACGUGCAUUGCAUCCUAGUCAAGCACAAUUCAAUGGAACAUUCAUGCUUUACACUUGUGCUUUACACGAAACCAAAACUACA